AUGAGUAACACGACACAGUCCCCAAAGAAGCGGUAUGCCCUCAUAGGAACUGGAGGUAGGGCUGGUCUCUUCUACACAAGCAUUUCCCGAGACUUUGCCGAGACGAGUGUUUUGGUUGCUAUUUGUGAUACAAACCAGACUCGACUCGACUACGCUAAAUCGAAGAUCGAUUCCCUGACUGAUGGUCAGAUUCCAACUUAUCUCGCCAAAGACUUCGAUGUGAUGAUCCAAGAAACAAAGCCGGAUGAAGUCAUUGUCACCACCAUUGAUCGGACCCACCACAUCUAUAUUGUGCGCGCCCUGGAACUUGGAUGCAAUGCCAUCACCGAGAAGCCAAUGACCAUCGAUGUUCCACAGUGCAACGAGAUUUUUUCAGCCGUGGAACGUACAAACAAUCGAGUCAGAGUUACCUUCAACUACCGAUACGCGCCACACAAUACAAAAAUCUUCGAGCUCAUCCGCUCCGGUGCAAUUGGAACAGUCACGAGCAUUCAUUUUGAAUGGAUGCUCAACACUUCUCACGGAGCUGACUACUUCCGACGCUGGCAUCGCGACGCACGAAACAGCGGUGGCCUUCUUGUCCACAAAUCGACUCAUCAUUUUGAUUUGAUCAACUUUUGGCUGCAGUCCAGACCUAAAACUGUAUAUGCCCAAGGGGACCUCAAAUUUUACGGCAAGAAGAAUGCCGAGGAGCGUGGUGUCACCAAAUUUUACUCACGGGCAUUCGGCAGUGAGGCUGCGAAGGAUGACUUGUUUGCCCUUCAUCUGGACCAGAAUCAGCAACUGAAGUCCCUUUACCUGGAUGCUGAGCAUGAAGAUGGAUACUAUCGUGAUCAGAGCGUUUUUGGCGACGGAAUCAGCAUCGAAGACACCAUGAACGUUCUCGUUAGAUAUGAGAACGACGCUGUUCUUACCUACUCGCUUACGGCUUAUGCUCCAUGGGAGGGCUUCCGGGUCAGCUUCAACGGAACGGGGGGAAGACUGGAAGCCGAGAUUGUGGAAAGUAGCUACGUUAACUCGGGAGGAGAGCAGUCCCUAGAGGGUGCCGCUGAGAACAUAACAUUAAAGCUUCGACCAUUGUUCCAAGAGCCAAGGGAUAUUGAGGUUAUUCAGGCGGCGGGGGGCAUGGAGGCGGUGAUAACGUGA